CUCCUCGGCUCGGGUCAGGCCUGAAACUCCUCCCUGCAUCACAUGUGAGGCCGAAGGGAAAAAAGCUUCGAGAGUGUUUACUUCAUUUAAUGAGGACGAGCGACAGGAACUCGUGGAUGGACGACGGCAGCUCACGCACAUAGACUGAGGUUGUGGGCGCCGGGCUGCAUCAUGGCCGACUGGGACUACGAUUACCUGAUCAAGCUGCUGGCGCUGGGCGACUCCGGGGUCGGGAAGACCACCUUCCUCUACAGGUACACGGACAACAAGUUCAACCGCAAGUUCACCACCACGGUGGGAAUCGACUUCAGGGAAAAGAGAGUGAUGUACACGGGGACGGGAGCUGAUGGGACGACGGAGAGGAACUACAAAGUCCACCUUCAGCUGUGGGACACAGCGGGACAAGAGAGGUUCCGUAGUCUGACCACCGCGUUCUUCAGAGACGCGAUGGGGUUCCUCCUCAUGUUCGACCUGACCAACCAGCAGAGCUUCCUCAACGUCAGGAACUGGAUGAGUCAGCUCCAGGCCAACGCCUACUGCGACAGCCCGGACGUGGUGCUGGUCGGGACCAAGGCCGACCUCAGGGACGUGAGGGACGUCCACGUGAGACAAGCCAGAGACCUGGCCGACCGAUACGGCGUCCCCUACUUUGAGACGAGUGCGGUGACGGGGGCGGACGUGGACCAGGCGGUGACCACGCUGCUGGACCUGGUGAUGAAGAGGAUGGAGCAGAGCACGUACGGGGGCCACGGCUCGGAGCCCAACGGAAGCCCCGCCCCCAGCCACGAGGAGGAGGCGGAGCCCGUCAGGAGGAGGUGCGCCUGCUGAUGUCACCACCAUCAGGGAGGGGGCGCUGUUUACACUAUGUACACUUUUUAUUUUUUACUUUUUACGUUUGAGAUGCGACUGUUUUCUGGAGGUGAAACGUUUUUAUCCUUUAAUGAGAAAAGAAUCGUUUCACAGAUCGACUGAAAACAAUCGGCUCAAGAUUCACUACGAAAAUAUUUAAAAUAUUUAAAACCUCCAGAGAAAACGAUUAAACCAAUUAAAACAGAC